UUUCCCAAUGACUGCAUAGUUUGUCCUGGUGGGGAUCCGUAGUUGGUGGAAUAACAUUGUGAAGAAGAAUGUUGAUGUCAAAGUUGAAGAGGAGGACUCAGUGUUAAACAAACUUCGAAUCGUGUCAUUUGCUUGUCCUGGCAGGAAACUUAGUAAAGGAUCAUGGGUAACACAGGCGACCGGAUGUCCGGAGACCGCCAUGGCGCCAAGGCCCAUCGCUCUGACAGCAGAGACAAAGACCACGAGCCCAGCAAGAUGGUGGACAGCACUGAUGACCCUAACAUCUUCAACACACACGGUCUGGGGUCCUCCAAGGUGUCGGACAAGGAGGAGCCCGACCUGGAUGACCUGGUGAAGACCGGGCCUCAGUCCAGGCCCACGGUCAUCCGCUGGGCCGGAGGAGGGAAGGAGGUUUACAUCGCUGGAUCCUUUAACAACUGGGGCAACAAGAUCCACCUCAAUAAGAGCCACAAUGACUUUGUAGCGAUCCUGGACUUGCCAGAGGGAGAGCACCAGUACAAGUUCUUUGUGGACGGACAGUGGGUUCAUGACCCCUCAGAGCCUGUGGUGACCAGCCAGUUGGGCACCAUCAACAACCUGAUCGAGGUGAAGCAGUCAGACUUUGAGGUGUUUGAUGCUCUGCAGGUGGACUCUCUGGAGUCUACCGACACCUCAGACCUGUCCAGCUCCCCUCCAGGUCCCUAUGGACAGGAGCAGUACAUGUUCAGGCCUGAGGAACGCUCCAAAGCCCCGCCCAUCCUCCCCCCACACCUCCUCCAGGUCAUCCUCAACAAGGACACUAACAUCUCUUGCGACCCAGCCUUGCUGCCUGAACCCAACCAUGUGAUGCUCAACCAUCUGUAUGCGCUCUCAAUAAAGGAUGGAGUGAUGGUACUCAGUGCGACUCACAGAUAUAAGAAGAAGUAUGUCACAUCUCUGCUCUACAAGCCCAUCUAACCUGUGUGUGUAGGUGCACAGUGCUAUAGAGGGCAGCAUGUUAAUACUGCGCUGGGUUUAUCCAUGACAUGUAGUUGAGAUUGGACUAAACUAACAGUUUACAAAAGAGCUGGGGGCAUGUGGCUGAGACUGGGGGGCAAAUCUCAAGACACCCUUUUCCCUGUAGAGUGCACUACACAAUGUAGCACUCAGCAAAUGGUUCAAAGUAGUGCACUCAAUGUGGAGUAGGGUGUCAUUUGAGCUUCAGCCUGUGACUUCACAAGGAGAAAUACUGAAAGUGAACUGUGGCGUUUUCCCAUAAUGCACCCAUAGUUGAAUAGCAAUAAGGGACUGAAAGAAACCACUGUGUGUGUUUGUGUGUGCAGCACUUAGGCUGCGUUUACACAGGCAUCCCAAUUCUGAUCCUUUUUUUCUACUAAUUGGUCUUUUGAUCUUUUCACAUCAGAUCUUUUUCAGAGCUGAUCUGAUUGGUCAAUUAGUGGAAAAAAUAUCAGAAUUGGGCUGCCUGUGUAAACGCAGCCUUAGAUUCUUUGUGGGUACGUAGAAAGAACAAUUGGUUCCAUUAAAAACAUACGGGUUUGAAGACAAGUCUGCUGAUGGGACUGUAAAACACAUAUAAUCAACAUGACGAUUUAUUAAAUUAGCUUUUGAAAGAUUAUGUACACGGAAAGAGGGCAGUUGAAUGUUUCUGGCUUGGAUUUAGUGUCCCAAUCUUUCUCCAUAUUUUUACUGUAAUUGGACAGUGACUAGACUAAAUGGAGGAUUCUGCAGGGUCUUCCUUGUUAUUACUGUAAUUGGACAGUGACUAGACUAAAUGGAGGAUUCUGCAGAGACUUCCUUGUUAUUACUGUAAUUGGACAGUGACUAGACUAAAUGGAGGAUUCUGCAGAGAAUCCCUGUUUGAUUCCAAAGGGACGAUGACCACUGAUAAAAUCAGGAUAUGCAAUUGGAUAGGCUGUGUAAUUUGAAUUGAACUGAAGUAUAACAAACUAUGGGUAUUAAAUGGUAUAUCCCAUUUAAUCACUUUAAACUAAAGGCCUCAUAUUACAUAUCAAGUAGGAGUUGUGAAAUGUUGGCCUGUGUCCUGUAGAUCUCUGCUUAGUUCUGCUAUUGCCUUCAUGAAAGGAUGCUGCAAGCACUUUAGCUACACGUGUGUCUCCAAAAAAUGCUUUGAGCAGGACUGUUGACAUAAACCUUUAACUAUGCAGGUACACGGACACAUCUGGUAGCUUUACAUUGAACCUCAGUGUCCAGUCUGCAUGUUAGAGAUGGAGAAAUAGCUGUUCUGUGUGUUUUUUUUUUUUCAUUCUAUUUUCUAUUUAUCCAAUAGAAAUCGAUGUAUCUGUUACAUUUUCUGUAUUUAUAGCAAAGAAACAAACAAAUAAUGGUUUGUCUUGAAUGUCGUGCAUGAUUUGAAUGUCUAAUGCGAACAGUUUACUGUGGAAUGUGUGGUGGAUUUCACAACUGUGAUUCUAUCAAGAUUAAACAUUUGUGGCAAAUUGCCAAUAUUGAUUUCAUAAGAAUGUUAAGUGUAAUUUACUUUCAAUAAUGUUAAAUUAUGUUAAACUACUCAGAUUUGACCAUAAAUGUAUUUAAUUUGGAUCAUUUUGAGAGAAUAUUGUACCUAUUGCUAGGUAGGUGAUAUACUCCAAAGAGAAGAUAAUAUAUAAUUACACAUUUUAUUUGAAGAAACUGAGAAAACGCUAUCUCUCGUACUGUUUGAGAAUAUAGGAUAUUCUGGUGCUUUAUUUGGCAAAAAACAAAACUUGAAUUUUAAAACUGUUAGCUAACAUGUUUGUUUUUGAAAGUACUUUGCAGCAUCACUGUGUAAGCCAUGUACUAUAGAAGGUUGUUUCACUUGUUUGCAAAUAAAAAAGGGAAGACGUGUUGACCCUGAAUAUCA